CCUGAGAAUUCACCACUGGUUAGUACAUUGAUUAGAUGGCAUUACCAUGGUAUUGAAUGAUUACCUUAUUCACAGUAGUGUUGUCUAGGGCAUCCGCUGUAUGCCCACCUAUCUUUCAAAGGAUUUUGCGUAUGCCCACAUAAAAUGAGCUAUGAUAUGUAUGGCCGCCAGAACAGCGAGGAGGCUUUUGACACAUAACUUUUACUUAUACUGAGGUGAUGCCGCAGCACCGUUGAGUGAAUUGUGAUUAUUAUUUUUUUAAAUAAGUGUACAGAGAUUCUCUUCACGGAGCAGCAAGAGGCGGGACCACAACUGAAGGCACAGUUGGAUAUUUUCUAACCAAUCAUAUUUUCUGUUUUAGUAAGAGGCAAGACAUUUCCGGCGUCUACAGUGAGAUGAGCCUGCAGCGCUGGAGUCAACAUAAUUAUUUUGCGCUGUAGGGCUGCAUUCCACUUCACUUUUAACAUCCACUCUCUAACCCCCCUAAGCACUUCCCCUCGGGGGAAUCCCCGCCACCAUUUCUUAAGUCCGUUCCACUUCGUUCAGUGAGCUAGGGACGUUUCUGUUGACAGACCCUCAACCAUAGACGUAUUUUAUAUGUCUAUGCCCUCAACCCCUCGAUUUUGACAGAGGGAGCGAGCCUACUCUGAUGUAUGCUUUAGGCAACUGGUUGUAUGGUGCCUUGGGCAAAACCCGCUUCAACACGCCCCCUUAGUUGUUGACCGGGGGUCGCCCCACCGCAAGAUGCCGCCCUGGGCAACUGCACAUGUCGCCCAUGCCUAAAUCCGCUACUGAUUCCACAAAUUGACAUCAGCCUUCAACAUGCUCCAAGUGAUCAAGGGUUUAGGGUGUUCCAGUUAAACCCAUUGCCAGGGUUGGGAGGGUAAUAAAAUGCAAAGUAAUCUGUUCAGUAAUCAAAAUACUUUUUGAAUGUAACUGUAUUCUAAUUACCAAUGAUUUAAAUUGUAAGGUUGCACCAUACAACCUUGAACGCAGCCUAUAUUUACCUCGCUGUUAAAAGUACAAAAGUACCUUGAUAAAAACACAGUAUGCCCACCUCUUCAGUCACUAUUACACGACUGCUUAUUCGUGUACCGUGGUAUUUACAUGAGACUCCAAGAAUCUCCUUUGAAUGACAUGGCACUACCAGGGCACAAAUUACACCAUUUCUCAUUGUAGAAUCUAUCCUGCAACUCUUUGGCAGUGCAAGUAUAGUUGUUUUUUCUUCAUGCCAGUAUAAAGCACACUCCGUUGAAAUAGAACCGUACUCCCCGCGGCCACCGCUGCUGCUCCGCCCCGCUCAAGUGACGCUCUGCGGGCUGACUCAGCGGGUGGGACGGCCUCAAGCCGACUCCGUCACGCCGCGUCAGUCCGGAGUCGCACAAUUAUGAAAAAUCCACCUUCCGCUGGAGCUGCAGCGGACGCACACGAUACCCACCACCGUCACCGGGCUUUCCUUCCGAGGCAUACAGAGCAGCACAGCGCCGAUAGAUGGCUAGACGAUCCGCUCUUCUCCCAGAAGUCCUGGAUAGAGAGCACUUUCACCAGGAGGGAAUGUGUCUAUAUAUUGCCUGUGUCAAAGGACCCCCACAGAUGCCUCCCAGGAUGCCAAAUCUGCCAGCAGCUUGUGCGAUGCUGCUGCGGCCGUUUGGUUCGUCAGCACGUCGGCUUCACUGCCACACUGGCGAUGAAAUACUCAGACGUGCGGCUGACGGAUGGGGGGCUUUCAGAUCUGGAGCAGUGGUCUGUGGAGAAACAUACAGAGGAAAGUCCCACUGAUGCAUAUGGAGUCAUCAACUUCCAGGGCGGAUCCCAUUCAUAUAGAGCCAAGUAUGUGCGCCUCUCAUACGACUCUCGUCCAGAAGCGAUUCUUCGGCUCAUGUUGAAGGAAUGGCAGAUGGAGCUGCCGAAGAUCGUCAUCAGCGUCCAUGGAGGAGUUCAAAACUUUGACCUGCACCCUCGAAUCAAACAUGCGAUGGGCAAAGGACUCAUCAAAGCUGCUGUUACCACAGGGGCCUGGAUACUGACCGGAGGAGUGAAUACAGGUGUGGCCAAACAUGUGGGCAACGCGCUGAAAGAGCACCUGUCACGAUCGGCGCGGAAAAUCUGCACACUGGGAAUCACACCCUGGGGAGUGAUUGAAAACAGGAACGACCUCAUCGGAAGAGAUGUUGUAGCGCCGUAUCAGACUUUGUUGAAUCCCCUCAGUAAACUGAAUGUGCUGAAUAACUUCCACUCUCAUUUUAUCCUGGUGGAUGAUGGAACGGUCGGGAAAUAUGGAGCAGAAGUCAAACUCAGGAGAGAGCUGGAGAAACACAUUAACCUGCAGAGGAUUCACGCACGUAUUGGUCAGGGUGUUCCUGUGGUGGCGCUGAUUUUCGAAGGUGGUCCGAAUGUGAUCCUGACAGUGUUGGAGUAUCUGCAGGAGAGACCACCUGUGCCUGUGGUGGUGUGUGAGGGGACGGGUCGUGCAGCAGAUAUACUGGCAUAUGUCCACAAACAGACAGAGCCGGACUGUGCGUUGCCUGAUGGUGUUGAGGCCGAAAUCAUCUCUACAAUCAAGAAAACCUUUAACUUCAGUCAGAGUGACGCACUGCACCUCUUUCAAACACUAAUGGAAUGCAUGAAGAGUAAAGAACUGAUAACCGUGUUUCCUGUGGGCUCUGAGGAUCAUCAGGACAUCGAUGUGGCAAUUCUAAAAGCUCUUCUCAAAGGUACAAAUGCAUCGGCCUUUGAUCAACUGGUCCUGACGCUGGCAUGGGACAGGGUGGACAUCGCUAAAGAUCACGUGUUUGUUUACGGACAACAGUUGCUGGUGGGUUCUCUCGAGCAGGCAAUGUUGGAUGCGUUGGUUAUGGACCGUGUCGAGUUUGUUAAACUGCUUAUAGAGAACGGAGUCAGUAUGCAUCGAUUCCUCACAAUUACAAGAUUGGAGGAGCUGUACAACACGAAACAAACGCCAACAAAUCCAACUCUUUAUCACCUGGUGAGAGAUGUAAAACAGGGUAACCUCCCACCCAACUAUAAAAUCACACUGAUUGAUGUUGGGUUGGUUAUUGAGUAUCUCAUGGGUGGAACAUACAGGUGCAACUACACACGAAAACGCUUCCGGAUAAUCUACAACAAUCUCCAUGGAAACAGUCGGAGGUCAGGGCGACACACAGCCAGUAGCUCUCAUGAGUCCUUCAGCAUUCAAGCUGACAAGAAAGAGAAAACAAGACACAAUCACUUCAUUAAGACCGCACAGCCCUACAAACCGAAGUUGGAUUCAGCUGCUGAGCAGCAGAAGAAGAAAAGUAAAGAGGAAGUAGUGGACAUCGACGACCCAGAAAUGCGUCGUUUCCCAUAUCCCUUUAACGAGUUGCUAGUGUGGGCUGUGCUGAUGAAGAGGCAGAAGAUGUCUUUGUUCUUCUGGCAGCAUGGAGAGGAGUCGAUGGCCAAAGCGCUGGUGGCCUGCAAGCUGAUGCGCUCGAUGGGCUACGAGUCCAAGAAGAGCGAUGUAGUGGACGAUACCUCAGAGGAGCUGAAAGAGUAUUCUAAUGAGUUUGGCACAUUGGCUGUGGAUUUGUUGGAUCAGUCGUUCAGGCAGGAUGAGACGAUGGCCAUGAAGCUGCUGACAUACGAACUCAAGAACUGGAGUAACUCCACCUGUCUGAAACUGGCCGUGUCAUCACGGCUCCGUCCCUUCGUGGCUCACACUUGUACACAGAUGCUGCUGUCCGACAUGUGGAUGGGACGAUUAAACAUGCGGAAAAACUCCUGGUAUAAGGUGAUUUUGAGUAUCCUUGUUCCGCCGGCAAUCCUUCUGUUGGAGUACAAGACCAAAGCAGAGAUGUCACAUAUUCCCCAGUCACAAGAUGCCCAUCAGAGUAUGGAGGACAGUGAACACAACCUCCAGAACCCUGAUGACAUACAGAUGGAUGUGUUUAAGGAAGUUCGUAUGAACGAAAAUGCAGAAAUAAAAAGUGAAUCAGAGGUCCACGUUCGGUCUCGUCGAUUACCCAUCACACGCAAAUUCUACGCUUUUUACCAUGCUCCUAUCGUCAAGUUCUGGUUUAACACGCUGUUUUAUAUAGGUUUUCUGAUGCUGUAUUCAUAUGUGGUGUUGGUGAGAAUGGAGCUGCUACCUUCUCCUCAGGAAUGGAUCGUCAUUCUCUACAUCUUUACAUUAGCCGUAGAGAAGAUACGAGAGAUGUUCAUGUCUGAAGGUGGUAAGAUCGGUCAGAAGGUUAAAGUUUGGUUCAGUGACUAUUUCAACAUCUCUGACUUCCUGGCCAUCCUCAUGUUCUUCGUGGGCUUCGGUCUGCGCUUCGGCUACGGGGACGUGUUGAUCGCGGGUCGUAUCGUGUACUGCUUGAACAUCAUUUUCUGGUACGUGCGGCUGCUGGAUAUUCUGGCUGUCAAUCAGCAGGCGGGACCGUACGUCAUGAUGAUCGGAAAAAUGGUAGCAAACAUGUUUUACAUUGUGGUGAUUAUGGCUGUGGUGUUGCUGAGUUAUGGAGUUCCUCGUAAAGCCAUUUUGUACCCAGACGAGGAUCCCUCAUGGACUUUGGCCAAAGAUGUGGUGUUCCAGCCGUACUGGAUGAUGUACGGUGAAGUCUACGCGUAUGAGAUUGACGUGUGUGCAAACUCAAGUGAUGCUGUGAAAGAGCUGUGUGCGACAGGUGUGUGGUUGACGCCACUGCUGCAGGCCGUGUAUCUGUUUGUUCAGUAUAUACUGAUGGUCAACCUGCUCAUCGCCUUUUUUAAUAAUGUGUACAUGCAGGUGAAGUCCAUAUCAAACCUGGUGUGGAAAUACCAGCGUUACCAUUUCAUCAUGGCGUAUCAUGAUAAGCCCAUCCUGCCCCCUCCACUGAUUCUGCUCAGUCAUGUGGCAUCUCUCCUGUCGUCCAUCUGCAGGAAGAGGAAGAAGGACAGCAGCACAUAUGGACCAAAGCUCUUCCUGACGGAGGAGGACCAGAAGAAGCUGCAUGAUUUUGAAGAGCAGUGUGUGGAGAUGUACUUCCAUGAGAAAGAUGAUCAGUUUCACUCUGGGAGUGAAGAGAGAAUCAGACUCACGUCAGACAGGGUUGAAACGAUGUGUGUUCAGCUGAAAGAGGUUGGAAACAAGGUGAACUUCAUCAAGCGAUCUUUGCACACUCUGGAUUCUCAGAUUGGGCACCUGCAGGAUCUCUCAGCGCUCACUGUGGACACUCUGAAGGCCCUUACGGCCCAGCGAGCAUCAGAGGCCAGCAAAGUCCACAACCAGAUCACCCGCGAACUCAGCGUCUCCAAGAACCUGGUGCCUGGCCCGUCCGACAUGGCAGGACAUUCCAAGUCAAGCGCGCUGGUGCGCUGCAGCGUGGGCUUCCUGCCCCCUGCGGCCACCAUAGCGGAGUCACUGUUCGGGGGCAGGGCUGAAGACAGAAUGCUGCGUCAAGGGGCAGAGCUUCCUUUGAGCCCAGAGAGACGCCCUCUGUUCAUUCCGGAGGCUGGAUCCUCGGGCUACGGCUUACCGCACACUAACACGCAGUCCCCGCAGCUGCGUCUGCGCGGACAUUCACUGCGUGAGGGGAACGCCGGCCGACCCGAAGACAUGAGUUCCAGUAGCCUCAUCAGUGCUCCGGCCGCCACGGCCAGGUUCUUUGUCAGCACGCCGAUGCAGCUUGCGGAUUCUCAGCCAAGCACACAUUCACGCGGUGCACAAAUGUACACACCCCCUCACACCGUACAGACAGAGCAACACGGCGCCGUGGAGUUUGGGGCAUUCGUAGGUCACAAGGAUAACCCUGAGGGUCAGAGGUCAUUCCCCAAGGAGGUUUCCGCCAGCAGGCGGCAAUUCAGUCCACCCAGGAAGGGUCGAGAUAUGGGGGCAUCACAGGGUCACAUGCGGAUGGUAAAUUCAUACGCUGGUUUCACCGAUUUUGACAGAAAUCCUUUGGUCGAGUCCACGCUCAGUAAACCGGAAAGGAAUCGCGUGUCAAUUGAGGAUAUCUCGCGAAACGAGGAUCUGUCAGUCGCACUGCUAUUGGGUAAAUCAGUGCAAUCCAGCAAACUGAGUGUAGAUGACGACAUCUCAAACGCUGCAGCAGGUCUGUACAAGGCACGCCACACACACCUGGGUGCACGCAAGGACUCGAUUGGUUCUCCAUUUAAGCCCAUGGAGAGUUAUCAGUAUUCAGCGGUGGAGCGUAAUAACCUGAUGCGGUUGUCUCAGAGUAUUCCAUUUACCCCAGUGCCCCCUAGAGGUGAGCCUGUGACUGUGUACCAUCUGGAGGAAAGUUCUCCUAACAGCAUCAAUAACAGCAUGUCGUCGUGGGCACAGCGUGGGCUCUGCGCAAAGAUUGAGUUUCUCAGUAAGGAGGAAAUGGGUGGCGGCCUUCGGCGGGCUUUAAAGGUUCUCUGCACCUGGUCAGAAUAUGACAUUCUGAAACCUGGACACCUGUACAUCGUCAAAUCCUUCCUACCUGAGGUGGUCAACACCUGGCAAACCAUUUACAAAGAGGACACAGUCUUGCACCUCUGUCUCAGGGAAAUUCAGCAGCAGAGAGCUGCUCAAAAACUCACAUUUGCAUUCAAUCAGAUCAGACCCAAAACAAUCCCAUACUCACCCAGGUUUCUGGAGGUUUUCUUGCUGUACUGUCAUUCUGCGGGCCAGUGGUUUGCGAUUGAGGAGUGCAUCACCGGAGAAUUCCGGAAGUUUAAUAACAACAAUGGAGAUGAAAUCGUUCCGACCAACCUGCUAGAAGAAACCAUGCUUGCGUUCAGUCACUGGACAUAUGAAUACACGCGAGGAGAACUGCUCGUGCUCGACUUGCAGGGGGUCGGUGAGAUUCUGACAGAUCCGUCGGUCAUUAAGAGUGGGGAGAAAGGGUCUUACAAUAUGAUCUUUGGGCCUGCGAACCUGGGAGACGACGCCAUUCGAAAUUUCCGCACCAAACAUCACUGCAACUCAUGCUGCCGAAAACUCAGACUUCCAGACCUGAAACGAAAUGAAUACACUCCAGAUAAAAUGACACUGCAGCACGACCCCCCCGAGGGCCCAUCCCACUCGCCUCCUACAGAGGGCACCAAUAAAGAACAGCGUCCCCCGAUGCACUUAAUGCUGUGAGCCACACACACAUGGGCACACUCAAAAGACUUGCAUUACUGGAAACACACUAAAGUUACUACUGUCCUAAGUAUUUGUGUGUUUGUACGUGUCUUUGCAUUUGUAUGUGUGUGGAGGACCUCUGUGUGGUUUGUAUGAAAUUACAUUAGGGAUGUGUCGUUUAUGAACAAAUGAACUGAUGCAAUUUAGAAAUGUUCUAAAAAGUCAGCUUUGAGGAUUAUCACCUUUUAAGAGUAUUUUUUUAUUUUUUAUGUCCAUAUGGAAUUAUAAAGUGCUUAAGAGCUGGUACAAUAUCACUGUAUAGAGUAAAGUAUUUAUUCUGAACUUCAAUACAUUGCCUUGUAUAAAAUAAAAGCAGUUUUAAGUGCAAUGGCUGUCACUUGCUUAUAUGAAAUUAUCAGAUUUUGUACAGAGCUGAAUGCCAGUAAAAAAAAAAAUUGUGUACAGAACAAUCCACAUGUAGAGGAUGAAUGCAUUUAUGGUUCAAAGUUUAUAUAUGUUUGAAUCUCAUGUAGAUUAUGGGCAGAUUGCAAUGCAAAAGUACAGCACAGUAUAUGUGAUUCAUUGUCCCGAACUCUGAAAGCAAAUGCACACAAUCAUAACUUAUCUUUAUAAUGUUACAGAGGUACUCUUGUCCUUUAUUGUCAUUGGAGUAUUUUGUAAGAAAUGUAAUCCAGUGUAUCUUAUAGAUACAUUUAUCUGGCACUAUUAUGAUAUUGAAACAUGACAAUGUUUGAUGCUGGGGAAAUGAAUUGAUCUGUAAAAAAUUUUUACUGUACAUUUAAACUAAUAAAAUGCUGAAAAAUAAAAUCUGAUGUGCUUUUCUGUCACUGUGGUAUUCAUCUUUUACUGUUAACUAUUAUAUUUAAAUAUAGUCAAAUUAUAAUAUUUGAACUGGUAGCAUCGGUCAAAAGACAUAGUCAAUUGUUUGUUAAUGAUUAAUCUGUUAAUUAAAUAGGUCUACAUCCCAGUUCAAACACCACUGACCCAUAAACUGUCAUCACUGGGCUGCUAAUCAUGGCACUCAACAAAAACACUCAACACUCACUUUGCUGAUGGACGUGCCUGAAUCCCCUCAACAUGGAUGAUUGGGGAUCAUUCAUCAGAUAUUAAAAGAACAAUUCACCCAAAACCCUCAUGCCAUCCCAGAUGUGUAUGACUUACUUUCUUCUGCAGAACACAAAUUAAGAUUUUUAGAAGACUAUCUCAGCUCUGUAGGUCCAUACAAUGCAAGUGAAUGGGCACCAACAUUUUGAAGCUCCAAAAGUACAUAAAGGCAGCAUAAAAGUAAUCCGUAUGACUCCAGUGGUUUAAUCCAUAUCUUUUGAAGCGAUAUGUGUGAGAGAAACAGAUUGAUAUUUGUCUUUUUUUUUUUUUUUUUUUUUUUUUAACUAUACAUUUUUUUUUUUAUUAACAUUUUUAUUGAUUCGAACAAACAGGAUUACACAAACAGAGCAUACACACACAAUCAUUUUAUAAAAUUGUAUUGUAUUGGUCUCAGAUUUUGACAUCUAGGCUCAAGCAGUGGAACUUGUUGGAUGAAAGUGUGCAAGUCGCAGAUCAGAGGAAGCAUCACCAACCUUUUUCCAGCUUCUUCACCCGUCAAGAUGGGCUCUGCUUCUGCCACAAUGUGACCAGUCUGUUCGAGGCAAUCGGAAUCGCCUGUAACCAGAAUGAGUGGCGCCUCUUCAUUGAGAGCUCAUCCAGGAGUCUCAAAGCCGUGCUGCUCCAUAAUGGUAACAAGUACCCAUCUCUUCCCCUGGCUCACUCAGUGCACCUCAAAGAGGAUUACAACAGCAUCAAGACCUUGUUGGACACCUUGAAGUAUGAUGAGUAUGGCUGGGAGGUCAUAGGAGACUUCAAAAUGGUGGUAUUCCUUAUGGGUCUCCAAGGCGGUUUUGCCAAGUUUCCCUGCUAUCUUUGCCAUUGGGACAGCAGGGACACCAAUGUGCACUACCACAGGCGGGACUGGCCACAGCGGACCGAGUUCUCUGUGGGGAGGAACAACGUCAAGUGGGAGCCACUGGUGGACCCCCAGAAGGUGCUGAUGCCACCACUGCACAUUAAAUUGGGCCUUAUGAAACAAUUUGUCAGAGCUCUAGAUAAGGAGUCAGCAGCCUUCAAGUACCUUCAAGACUUCUUCCCUAAGCUUUCUGAGGCAAAGGUCAAAGCGGUGUCUUCAUCAGACCACAGAUAAUGAAGAUCCUGGAGUGCAGUGAAUUCCCCAAGAAGCUCACUAGUAAGGAGAAAGCGGCUUGGAACAGCUUUGUCGCAGUGGUUCAGGAUUUCCUGGGCAAUCACAAGGCUGAAAAUUAUGUGGAGCUGGUUGAGACUCUGAAAAACUACGGCACAAUGGGCUGUAGGAUGUCCCUCAAAGUCCAUAUACUAGAUGCUCAUCUUGAUAAAUUCAAGGAGAACAUGUGAGCGUACUCGUCGGAGCAAGGCGAGCGUUUCCAUCAGGAUAUACUGGACUUUGAACGCUGCUACCAAGGACAGUAUAACGAGAACAUGAUGGGAGACUACAUUUGGGGGCUGAUUUGUGAAAGUGAUUUACAGUACAAUCAUAAUCUCGAAAAACUACUCACUUCUAAAUCUUUUGUAGUCAUUUUUGUAUUACUCCAUGUUCAUUUGGAUUCAUGUUGUUUUUUUCUGACUUUAUGUGAACGAAAAGACACAAAUUCGCCCGUUUUCUCAUUGGAAAUAGGUACAUUUCAAAAUAUCACUGUCCUGGUCACAAAAGCAAAGUUUGUGGGGAAUAAUAGCCAUUUUCUAUACUUUUGAGGUAUAAGCAAUUAGGAAAUAACACUUACUACCCAGGAACAAAUAUUGUGUUACAUAGUAUGAUCAUUCAUAUAUGAUUUUAUAUAUUAAACUAGCCUUGCUAUUUUAUGACAAUGUGGUGGAUUAAAGUUUCUGUCAUGUGUCUUCAAAUGUAACUCCCCAUCAAACUUGUAAGCAAAGCUGUGUAAGCAACCAGAAUGUAUUGUAUAGAAAUAAGACCAUGUCAAAAAAAGAUUGGUUAAAUAAUGACAGAAUUUUUAUUAUUAAAUUUGCAAAUUUAGUGAUGACAAAGCAGCUUUGAUUCAGAGUAAUAUUAGUAGAGAGAGAGAGAGAGAGAGAGCGAGAGAUAUCUCUGUCACAGUUAACUUUAGAAUAUAUGAUCAAA